AUGCAAUCUUCUCAAGUUUGAACCAUGGUUAUCUCCUCCGUCUGGAUAAUCCCUCCUUUGUUGUUGCUGCUCAUGGUAUCCGACACGGUUCCUUGGAACAGCCGUGGUGCCCUCAGGAGCUACAAGGAGAAAGAGGUAAUGGACGAGUACUACUACCCAAUCCCGUCCUUCUGCAACACCCCCAGGGAAGAAGCAGGGUGGGUUAGCGAGAUGUUCGACUCUCAGGAAUCCCUCUCCCACGAUUCCGACAUGGACUGGAUAUUCAAGCCUCGCAACAACACCUCCCCCGUAGGCGUCUGCGAGGCCGAUUACAAGAUGUACUACGCAUAUUUGAUGCGUAUUGUUAUGUGCAGAGGAAUCUGCAGGGUCGACGCCUAUGUCUGCCACUCCAUGACGAAGCGGCUGUAUGAGGUGGAAGCACGUACCCUGAACUUCAAUGGGGUGUAUGCCAUCUCAGGCUUGGUACUGUUUUCCUCCGUAUUGGUCUCCUGCAUUAUAGGGCUUGUGUCAUGCUGGUGUUCCAGAAGGAGAGAAGAGCAGAGUAACCAAGAGCGCGGGGGAGGAUCGAUGCCGAGACCGCAGUUGGAAGAGCCAGCAAUGCCCCGGCGGUACCGCUACGCCGAGCUGGCUGCUGCGACGGGUAACUUCGCGGAGAACCAGAGGAUCGGGCAGGGCGGGUUCGGCUGGGUAUACCGUGGCUUCUUGAACAACGACGGCGCGGGCCGUCACGUCGCCGUCAAGGCGCUCAGCUCGGAUUCGUCGGCGCAGGGGAGGAAGGAGUUCGAGGCCGAGGUGAAGACAACAACGCGGCUGAGCCAUCGCAACAUUGUGCAGCUGCUGGGCUGGUGCGAGUGCCGCGACGGCGGCCUCCUGCUCGUGUAUGAGCUCGUGCCGGGAGGGAACCUGGACAAGCGUCUCCAUAGCCCAGCCCGUGAUCGGCUCCUCACAUGGGAAGAAAGGUUCGAGAUCGCCCUGGGCCUUGGCUCCGCGUUGCGCUAUCUCCACACGGAGCUGGAGCAGUACUGCGUCGUGCACGGCGACAUCAAGUCUAGCAACGUCAUGAUCGACUCGUCCGGCGAGGCCAAGCUCGGUGACUUCGGGCUGGCGAGGCUCCUCCAACACCGAGCCGAUCCGCGCACCACGGAGGUCGUCGCGGGGACCAUCGGGUACAUAGACCCGGAGUUCGUCAACAGCCGCCGGCCAUGCGCCGAGUCCGACGUCUACAGCUUCGGCGUCCUGCUCCUGGAGAUCGCGAACGGCAGGCGGCCGACCCCGCCCGCAGGGAAGCCGGGCGGAGCUUCGGCGUCGGCGACGCUCCUGGGACGUGUCCGCGAUAUGCAUGACCGAAAAGCCGUUCUCGACGCGGCAGACGUGAGGCUCGCCGGAGACUUCGACGAGCAGGAGAUGGAGCGUGUGCUCGUCACCGGCCUCUGGUGCGCGCACCCCGAUGGUAGCCAGCGGCCGUCGAUGGUUCAAGUCAUGAGUUUCCUCAAGCCCGAAGAUGCACAGCUGCGUGUGCCUCCUCCUACGCAUCGUGUCUUGGAGUUGGAGACGAGCCACGGGUCGACGCGUUCCUCUGUGGCUAGCACUACGUACCACACUCCACCGGAUUCGGGUCACCUAAUGACAGAACAAUGA